AUCUCUCUAUCUUUCUCUCUCUCUACGUUUCCUAUCGAUGCGGUUUUGUCAAAUUCGCGUACUAUUUUCUGAACUAUUUGCAGAACAAUAGACGCUUUCACUUUCAAUUGUUAUUGUGAUUUUUGAUUUAUCUGGAUGCGGAUGUGGCAGAUCUUGCUUUGAAUGUUGGAAUUUUCUGCUGUUAGUUUAGAUCUGCGUGCUUCAGAGUUUUUGCCUUUUUAUAUCCAUGCGCGGAUUUUUCGUGGAUGGAAAUGUAGUUAGGCACUAUGGGAAAUACUUGGUCGGGCUGGAAGGCCUUCUCCAUGCAUAUUAUACACAUAAGUUGAUCAGCGUAGUAGCAAGGUUAUUAUGAGUUCGCUAAAUCAGCUCAACGAAGUCAAUGGGUUGGUUGACCGGGCUAACUGUUUGGUCAAGCCCCCUGGUGGAGCCUUGGCAUGCAUGGUGAAUUCAGAAAUAGGCGCAGUUUUGGCUGUAAUGAGGAGAAAUGUGAGAUGGGGAGUUCAGUAUGCUUCCGAUGAUGAGCAGAUUGAGCAUUCUCUAAUAAUGUCCUUCAAGGAACUCCGAAAGAAUAUAUUUUCAUGGCAAAACCAUUGGCAUACCAUUGAUCCAGUUUUGUACCUCCAGCCGUUUUUGGAUAUCAUUAAAUCUGAUGAAACUGGUGCACCAAUCACCGGCGUUGCUUUGUCGUCUGUUUACAAAAUCUUAAAUCUACAGAUUCUUGAUUCCGAGACUGUGAAUGUAGAUAAUGCUUUACACCUUAUUGUCGAUGCUGUGACAAGCUGCCGUUUCGAGGUGACUGAUCCUGCAUCUGAAGAAGUUGUACUGAUGAAGAUUCUUCAAGUUCUCUUGGCAUGCAUGAAAAAUAAAGCAUCAAUUAGUUUGAACAACCAUCAUGUAUGUAGCAUAGUGAACACUUGCUUUCGUAUAGUUCAUCAGGCCAGCUCUAAAAGUGAACUGCUGCAAAGGAUAUCUCGUCACACAAUGCAUGAACUUGUCAGGUGUAUUUUUUCGCACCUUCCUGAUUUGGAUGAUAAAAGUCAUGAGUUGGCUCAUGGAAGCAAGUCUUCUCCUAACACAGAGGAUAAUGUGGCAGAACCAAGUCACACUCUACAGGAUAAGCAAUAUGCCGAUGGUUACACAUCUGUAGAAUCUGACAGUAAAAAAGAUGAUAGCACUCAUGUGAAAGAUGGCACCUCUAGUGCUGAUUCUUCAAUGAUGGAUCCUUAUGGUGUUCCGUGUAUGGUGGAAAUAUUCCAUUUCUUGUGCUCUCUUCUAAAUGUUAUGGAAAACAUAGAAGUAGGCCCCAGAUCUAAUCCAAUAGCAUACCAUGAAGAUGUUCCUCUAUUUGCUCUGGGUUUGAUUAAUUCUGCAAUAGAGUUAGGCGGGGCGUCUUUCGGAAAUCAUCCUAAAUUAUUAGCUCUGAUACAAGAUGAAUUGUUUUACAACCUGAUGCAGUUUGGUUUGUCUAUGAGUCCACUAAUUCUUUCGACAGUAUGUAGCAUAGUUCUCAAUCUUUAUCACCAUCUCCGUACUAAAUUAAAACUACAGCUCGAAGCUUUUAUUUCUACCGUGUUGUUGAGGAUUGCAGAGAGUAAGCAUGGGGCUUCUUACCAACAGCAGGAGGUUGCUAUGGAAGCUCUUAUUGACUUCUGCAGGCAGCCAAUGUUUGUCACCGAGUUGUACGCCAAUUAUGAUUGUGAUAUAUCCUGCAGCAAUGUGUUUGAAGGCCUUGCCAACCUGUUAUCGAGGAGUGCUUUUCCAGUAAACAGCCCUUUAUCUGCAAUGAACACACUUGCUUUGGACGGUCUGAUUGUUUUGCUUCAUGGUAUGGCUGAAAGAGUAGGCCACGAUUCAUCGGGUCCAGGAGAAGCCUCCCUAGAACUUCAAGAAUUUAAGCCAUUUUGGACCCUGAGAUGUCAUGAUUAUGACGAACCCCUUCACUGGGUUCCUUUUGUUCAUAAUAUGAAGAACUUAAAGAGAAUGUUGAUGACUGGUGUUGAUCACUUUAACAGGGAUCCCAAGAAGGGUCUAGAAUUUCUUCAAGGAUUACAUCUUUUGCCUGACAAACUAGAUCCAAGAAGUGUAGCAUGCGUCUUUAGGUAUACAAUGGGAUUGGAUAAAAAUCUUAUUGGGGAUUUUCUUGGAGGUCAUGAUGAAUUUUCAGUACUAGUGCUUCAUGAAUUUGCUAGGACUUUCGAUUUCCAGGACAUGAAUUUGGACACUGCUUUGCGGAUUUUCUUGGAAACUUUCAGAUUGCCCGGAGAGUCUCAGAAAAUACAGAGAGUGGUUGAAGCAUUUGCGGAGAGCUAUUUUGAGCAAUCCUCGGAUAUUUUGGUCAACAAAGAUGCUGCUCUCUUGCUGUCAUAUUCUUUAAUAUUGCUCAACACUGAUCAACACAACUCACAGGUCAAGAAGAAGAUGAGCGAAGAAGAUUUCAUUCGGAACAAUCGAAAUAUUAAUGGUGGAAACGAUCUUCCUCGAGAUUUCUUGUCUGAGCUUUAUCACUCCAUCUCUGAAAAUGAAAUCCGUAUGGUUCCAGAUCAAGGUGGUGCCUCUGGGAUUCUCACGAGAAGUCACUGGCUUGGUCUAACACACAAAGCAAAGCAGACAUCUCCAUACAUUGUCUCUGAUUCCGGUUCCCAUCUUGAUUACGACAUGUUUGCUAUUUUAUCCGGUCCUGCAAUUGCUGCAAUAUCUGUGGUUUUUGAUCACGCAGAGCAGGAUUAUGUUCUACAGUCGUGCAUUGAUGGAUAUUUGGCCAUAGCUAAACUCUCGGCUUCAUAUAAUUUCGGCGAAGUACUGGAUGAUUUGGUUGUAUCUCUUUGCAAAUUUACUACCCUGUUGCAUCCAUCUUUCAACGAAAGAUCAAUUCUCUACUUCGGGGAUGACAUAAAAGCUAAGAUGGCCACUAUAGCAGUUUUCACCAUUGCAAACCGCUACAGCGACCACAUUCGUUCAGGCUGGAGAAACAUACUGGACUGCAUCUUGAGUCUACAGAAGAUAGGCCUUCUUCCUGCUCGUCUUGCCAGUGAUGCUACCGACGAGCUGGAGCCUCCUUCUUCUGAUAAUGAUCAAGUGAAAACAUCCGCUGCACAUUCACCACCAUCUCAGGUGCCGCCAGCAACUCCGGCAAGGAAAUCAUCCGGCAUUAUGAGCCGCUUUAGCCUGCUUUUAUCUUACGAUUCAGAGGAACCUGCACCACAACCCUCAGAAGAACAGCUGGCAGCUCGUCAGCGCACUCUGCAAGCAAUACAAAACUGUCACAUCGAUACCAUUUUCGCCGAGAGCAAGUUUCUGCAAGCUGAUUCGUUAUUACAGCUUGUCCGUGCCCUUGUCAUGGCAGCAGGACGACCUCUCAAAGGGAAUAAUAACUCUCUGGAAGACGAAGAGACAGCUGUUUUCUGUCUGGAGUUGCUGAUAGCGAUCACUCUAAACAAUCGGGAUAGAAUCAUGCUUCUGUGGCAAAACGUUUACGAGUACAUUGCAAACGUUGUUCAAUCAACUGUAAUGCCAUCUACUCUUGUUGAGAAGGCUGUCUUUGGGCUCCUUCGUAUAUGCCAGAGGUUACUUCCUUACAAGGAAAACCUUACCGACGAGCUUCUCAAGUCUCUGCAGCUGGUAUUGAAGCUCGACGCUCGGGUGGCAGAUGCUUACUGUGAACAGAUCACACAGGAGGUGAUGCACCUUGUGAAAGGAAACGCAAUGCAGAUAAGAUCUCAUAUGGGUUGGAGGACAAUCAUAUCUUUACUCUCCAUCACAGCUCGCCAUCCGGAAGCUUCCGAAGCAGGGUUCGAGACUCUCUCUUACAUCAUGUCUGACGGGGCCCACCUGUCCCCCGCAAAUUAUGUGCUCUGUUCGAAUGCCGCCAGGCAGUUCGCAGAGUCCCGUGUGGGGAAUGUUGAACGAUCCGUCAGAUCCUUAGACCUGAUGUCUGGUUCGGUUAUUUGUCUGGUGACAUGGUUUUACCAGACUAAGGAAGCUGCGGGCGAGGAAGCUGCAAUAAAGAUGUCUGAGGAUAUACUCGAAAUGUGGAUGAGGCUUGUGCAGGCACUGAGAAAAGUUUGCACAGAUCACAGAGAAGAAGUCAGAAACCAUGCUAUUACUCUCUUACAGAGAUGCUUGACGGGUGUGGAUGGUAUUCGAAUACCAACUGAUCUGUGGCUGCAGUGUUUCGAUCUAGUGAUAUUCACUCUGCUCGAUGAACUACCAGAAAUGUCUAAUCAGCUUUCCCCAAAGGACUACCGCUUCAUCGAGGGCUCGAUGAUUUUGUCCAUCAAACUCAUGUCGAAAGUGUUUUUACAAUCCUUACGCGAUCUCUCCCGCUCGACUUCUUUCUGCCAAUUAUGGUUGAAAGUUCUUGGUUGUAUGGAAAGAUACAUGAACAUGAGAUUUAGAGGGAGAAGGAGUGAGAAGAUCCAUGAGUUAGUUCCGGAGCUUCUCAAGAAUACGUUGUUAGUGAUGAAGACAAGUGGGAUUCUUGUGCCGAGCGAUCCAGUUGGAGGAGAUAGCUUUUGGGAGUUAACUUGGUUGCACGUGCAAAAAAUAGCCCCGUCUGUGCAGUUGGAAGUUUUCCCAGGUGAAGAGCUGGAGAAGUUGCAAGAAAAUCGAGCUAAAAGUGGAUGUAGCCCUCUAUCCGAGGGGAAUGUACUUGUUCCACCAAACGAAACCACGGCUUAAGAAUAUAUACAUACAUAUAUAUAUGUAUCAAAGAUGAUGAAUUUAUGCAGGGGAGAAGCAUAUGCCCUAUUCUUCCACCUGCUGAGUGAUAUGGGCUUGUCUAACUUCUGGUCCGUGUUGAUAAAUCUGUACUGCAUCUUCUUAACCAGAAACGAUGGGGGAUUUCUCGAGGAGGGCUUUAAUUUGAUUGCUCGGUUGUUUAUGUUUCUGAGGAUGGAGAGUUGGAUUAUUUAUCUUUGAUUUUUUUUUUCCUUUCUUUUUUGCAGGACUGUAUUGCUAGAGCAUAAAACUAUAUUAUGUACCAUAACACAGCGUUAAGUAUACCGUUACAUUGAACUUCAAAGCUGAAAUAAGAUAGGUGGUUCGAUUUUACAGGCCGUUUUUUUUCCCAGGAUUCUUCUAUACUCAAUUUGUAAUUCAUUUCUAGUUUUUCUGCAAAUUUCAUUUAUGAGUUGAUUUUGGAGUG